AUGGACGAUAAAUUUAAAUCUUUAAAUAAUAAUAAAGAUGGAAAUAUAGAAUCUAAUAUAAACAUAAAUAGCAUAACAUCAGGCAUUCGUAUAAAAAAGACUAUGAAAACAAAAUUAUUUUAUAAAAAAUCAUUGAUAGAAAAAGUUCUUGAUGUUUCAAAAAAAUCAAAAAAAAUACCAGGAAUAAUAUAUCUCAGCAAAAUACCGCCAUUCAUGAAACCAGAAACAGUUAAGCAUCUUCUUUCACAAUAUGGGGAAAUAAAAAGAGUUUUCUUAACACCAGAAAAUCAUAAAAAUCGUCUAAAACGACUUAAAUUUAAAGGAAACAAAAAAAAAAUGUAUACAGAAGGAUGGGUAGAAUUCAAAGAAAAAAAACAAGCGAAACAUGUUGCUAAUACACUAAAUACAUCUAUUAUCGGUGGAAAACCAAAUACAUAUUAUCACGAUGAUAUAUGGAAUAUAAAAUAUCUACCAAAAUUCAAAUGGAGCCAUCUACAAGAACAAAUAGCAUCUGAAAAUGCUUCUCGAACUUCAAAAUUAAAAGCAAAUAUUUAUUGUGCAAAACGGGAAAAUCAAAAUUAUAUAAAAAAUUAUGAACAUAGCAGAAUGAUCGAAAAUAUAAAAAAUAAGAAGCAAAAAACCGAUGAAAAUAUAACACCAAAUUCACAAACAAGGACUAAAUAUAAAUUUAAACAACGGGAAGUUAUAUAUAACAAUACACCCAUAAACGCAAAAGAAAAAGAUGAAAUAAAUACAAUGUUAAAUACAAUUCUCUAG